AUGGGGAAUGACUGCAAGGCGUUUGCCAUCAACAGUCACAAUUAUAAUUACUGUGUUCUUCUCGGUGGAUUUGCCCAGCUGAAUCACACGGUGUGGAUGAACCCCUAUGGAGGCUGGAGUGUUUACCACAUACUGAAUGAGACGGUGGAAAUGCCUGUGUUCCGGGUAUCGGCUGGUAACGGUGUAUCCGUGUGCAACUCCUGGCUGACGGGAACACCCUCAAGCCUCAAUGAGACGAGCACCUCGGGGGACCUAGACCUCGGCUCACCCCUCACCACCUUCUACAAACACCCGCUCGUCGACGACUGGGAGAAAUGGGACAUCGCCGAAGUUAUCUUUUCGCUGUACACAAACAGCAACGAGGUUGUCCGUCUACGCUUCAGUGGUUCAGGGACAAGCAAGAUGUCCUGGUUCUCCCUCAGCAACCUUCUGUCAUCGCCGUGGACAGAUCUGCAUAUCAACGCUGACGUCAGCGACUUCACUCUGUCAUUAGAUUGGAUAGCUCAUUUCAGAACCUUUUACAUCAACUCUGUGUUUGGCGGAUGUACUAUGGACAAAGGCUGGAUGGUUGUGGUGGAUGGACUAGACAUUUGUCCUUGGACAUUUUCAGCGAGUUAUCCCGCUUUUCUGUACGCUCUUGGUUAUCAGAAGCGGUUGUGGAGUGACGCCAACCAGUUCGGAAAUGCAGAUGACCUGGUGGUAUCCCUCCUUUUACAGCUGUGAAAGAAUAGCAUUUUACUGAACUGACAACGCCACAGAUAACCUUGGUUCAUAAACAGUUAUUCUCCACAAUGACCUUGGAGUUCCCGGGCUUUUUUUUAAUUUAGAUGAUCGCCUCAAGCCUCAUACUUCUGUGAUGAACUGGAUUACCUUUGCGAAUUUUACAUCUUGUACGCCUUGUUUGAAUUAUUUGCUGUAGAGUAUGAAAACAAUUUCCAAGGUUAAUUGUCAUUACUAAAGUACGUCAUUCUAA